GAGUGAAUACAAGGAGAAGAAAGAAGACCUAUUCGUGUUCGGCUACUCGUGCAAAUUGUUCAGGGACGAUGAUAAAGCCCUUCACAUUGACCAAGGCAAACACCUCAUUCCGUGGAUGGGGGAUGAAACGUUGAAAAUCGACAGGUUCGACCAGUUUUUUACUAUAAGACUGCUAACUGUGGCGCUAUAAACCUACAAAAGAUAGUUAUAUGUCAGAAAAAAUUAAAUUUUCGGAAGAUCUUUAAGUAUUUCGCAGAGGAUGUUGUUACGAAGGCCGGUGUGCGUGAAGACUGAGCAUCGGGCGCUUUGGGUGCUCGUGGCGUCGCGUAAUGUUAUGGUGACACCCGCCGGUGGUAUGAUGCACGAGGAGCGCUGCAUGACCUGACGAGGCUGGAAGCACCUCCGGGAGGCUACGACUGGCGGGUGGAACUGACCCGGGGCGAGCUGGACGUGGAACAGCUAUGCGAUGAGGAAAGGUACCGAGCACUGCAUACCGAUGAGGAUGAAGAGGAGAUGUAUAAAGAGGAAGAGCUGAAACGCCUGCACGCGGCUGGGUACGGGCAAGUAGGGUUUAACUACGAGGCGGCCGCUGAGCCGGCGCCGCCGCCGCAGCUGCCCGAAGUGGACGAGGAGCCGUUUGUGCCCCCACCGGCAUUCCGCAAGCUGCUGCCCAGCGAUACUGUGUUUCCCGAAACCUUAAAGCAGAAUGCCAUAAUAGAAAAAACUGCAAAGUUCAUAGCGUCACAAGGUGCUCAAAUGGAGAUCCUGAUCAAAGCCAAGCAGGGAGACAACCCGCAGUUCAAGUUCCUCAACCGGGACUCGAACCUGCACCCGUAUUAUACCGCGCUUAUUGCGCUGGUGAAAGCUGAGAAGUGGCCCGAGAAGAAAGUUGAAGUGGUUGAAGAAAAACCACCUGAAAAUGAAGAAUAUUUGCAUCCAAGUUUAGCAUCUACAGUUAUUGAGUCUGCCCCAGCAAUCCCAAGCAUCCACUACAAGCCAUCAGCUGACUGUGACUACACCAUGUUGAUCAGCAAGAUGCGGGGCGAGGGUGACGCGGAGGCGGGGGGGAGGGGGGACGUGCCGCCGCCCGGCACCGAGCCCCCGAGGGUGUCGGGAGCCGAGAUAUAUAGAGCUCCCGUCAUGUAUAGUAAGGGACCUGAUGGGAAUCAUGUGGACCCCACAGCGGCUCCAGCGAACCCGCCCCCCUACCAGCAAUACGCAGCCUACUACCACCAGUACCUCGCUCAAGAACAUCAGCAGAAACAGCAGCAGAAGCCACAACCCUCGCUCAAGUCUACCGGCCUCAGCCUCAUGAAGAACUAUAAUAGUGAUUCUGACAGUGAUGUGUCUGAUUUCGACGACAGCUCCUCAACGGACAGCAAAGACAAAUCUUCCAUCAUUACUCCGCCAGAGGACGUACAAAUCGUUAUCGACAAAAUGGCGUCGUACGUUGCACGAAAUGGCGACGAGUUCGCUGACAUUGUUCGCGCUAAAAACGACCCGCGGUUUACUUUCUUGGACCCCGGUAAUGUGUAUCAUGCGUAUUAUAAACGGCUGAUGCAGCAGAAAAGAGGUGGUGAUGUUAAUGGGAGGGAGAAGAAAAAGAGGGCUGCUGCACCCGUGUCAUUCUCCAUAAAGAAACUCAAAGAACCAGACCCAAUAUUACCAAAACCAGCAUUACCCUACGAGUCGAGUUCCGACGAGGAUUCAGAGAAACAUACAGAUAAACAGACAGACAGUGACACCAAGGAACUGCCUAAAACCUUCCCACUUACCAUUCCUAUGAACCAUGUACCACCAGUAGUUAUGUACAAGAUUGAUACAGUAAAUGAACCAAGAAUUGAGACAGUAAAACCUGUGAAGAUUGUGGCGAAACCGGUAAUUAUACAGGAUGUCAAAGAUAUACCUAUAUUGGAAGAAAAACCGGAGGUUUUGACCCCAGAAGUUCCACUUACACCGGUCCUUGAAGAAGUUAAAGAUGUACCUUUUAAAGAUGUGCCUACUUACCCUGAAAAGAUGGAUAUAGUUGAGGAGGCAAGAGAAAAAUCUCAAAUUAAAGAGCUUCCACAGAAUAGAGAAAGUCCUGUUAAAGUUGUAAGUCCUCACAAGAGAGAUAGUUCCCAUAGCAGAGAUGUUCCCCACAAGAGAGAUAGUCCGCACAGAGAUCACUCGCACAAGAGGAAUAGUCCCCACAGAGCGACAUCCCAUAGUAGGGAUAGUCCUCAAAAGAGAGAUAGUCCUCUAAACAGAGACAGUCCCUAUAGGAGGAAUAGUCCCCAUAAAAGGGAAAGUCCUUACAAAAGAGAGAAUUCUCAUAAGAGAGAAAGUCCUUACGUUAGAGAAAGGGAUAGUACUCAUAAAAGAGAUAAGAAGAAACAUAGGGAACGUAAAAAGGAACAUAGAUCCAAGUCAGAGAGUAGGGAAUCGAGACGGAAUGAAAGACGAAGUGCAGAGAGAGAAAAGAAGAGAGAAAAAGAGAAAUUGAAGGAGAGUGAAAAAGAUGGCAAGAAAAGUAAAAUUAAUAAAGAGGAGUUGGAGAAUGAAAUUAUAUCUUUGGAAGAUAACUCAGAUGAUUUGAUUGACUUGACGGGUGACCAGUCUGAUUCUAAAGGUGAAGGAGAAACGGAGGUGGAGCGAGCGAAGCAACAGGAGCGUCGGCGCCGAGCGGCCGAGUUCCUCAAGCGCGUGGGCGUCGACCCCGCCGCCGCCGCGCUGCCCGCCACCUCGCUAGCCAGCGCCAUGGUGGACACGUUAGAGUCGAUACGCAAGAAGAAAGCAGAAGAAGAAGAGAAGAGACGCAGACGCGACAAGAGAAGGCAUCGAGACAGAAGAGAUUACGAAGAUGAAUCAGAGAGAGCACACAGAAAGAGUAAACGUAGAAAGUAUAAGUCAUCAGAUGAAAACGACGAAUCAGAUUACGAUGGAUCAAAGAAGAAGAAACGCAAGAAAGAAAGAAAGCACAGCUCCAAAAACAAACGCAAGCGGCGCCGGGAGACAGAGGUAGACGAGGAACCGCCUGCUCCCAUCAACAUAGACCUUACCAGCACUCUCAAAGAACUUCGAACUUCCUCUCCAACCAAAGAACUGGUUCUCCAAGAUUUAGACGACACACAGCACAGCUUCCUCAGAGAAGAAUCUUCUGAUGAAGAAGAAGGAGAUAGUAGGAAGAGAGAAAGGCAGUACAGUGAGGGAGAGUGGUCGAGUGAUAGUGAGGGAGAUUCUAAGUCCUCAGCCAGCAAGAAAGAUGAAUAAACAGGCUAAUUUUGAGUGUUAUCACAAAGCAAUUAAGUUCUUUUUUUUUUUUCAAAAUUAUUUUGGAUUUUAUGUGCAAUUGAAAUAAAAAUUGUAUUGUAUGAGAUAAGUUUAGGGUUUUGUAUAAAUUUUUAGUUGAUUUUAAGUCACGAUUCUAAUAAAUAAAAUUACAUUUUGGGGAGUCUUAAAAACUAGAUUUUUAGAUAUAAAAAGUGGUAGUUUUAAAUAAGACAUUAUUUUAAACAUGAUUCACAACAAUACAUGUUGUCAUUUGGUACAGUUUUAUAACAUUCAAGCGAAUUAAAACCUUGAGAAUUAAAUUAAACCAUAACUUGAUUUAACUAUAGUUUCGGUAUAGUAUAGUUUGUCGAAAAAUCGUCAUCAUCCUCCGAGCCUUUUUCCCAACUAUGUUGGGGUCGGCUUCCAGUCUAUUCGGAUGUAGCUGAGUAGCAGUGCUUUACAAGGAGCGACUGCCCUAUCUGACCCCCUCAACCCAGUUAAUCGGGCAACCCAAUACCCCGAAUUUUAUAAAUUUGAAUAAUCUAAAAAUAAUUAAAUUCAAUCAUUAAGUUUAAUUCUGUGCAGAUAGAUUUUUAAUAAAAAUAUUAAUUUGUAUUGAAAUUAAAGUACAGUAUACUGAAAUAAAGUAAAUUGUAAUAAUAGUAACACGAUGAGUGAAAAAUCUGCCUUGUAAUGAUGACACCAUUAAUCAUAUUACUAUGAUCAUGCAACACCAUAUCUAUGCCUUCUUAUUAUUGUCUUAUACAAACAUGUAUGUACUUAAAACUUGUAGCCCGAAUAAGAUCAUUUAAAACAUUUUGAUACAGAUAUAGUUAUCGGAUAAUGAGCUCUCGGCGGAAAAAUGGGGAUCGCUUUGCGCACUGUACACUUAUGGCAAUAAACCAAUAAAUCACUUCUGCGCAGGUGAAGAUCAGGGCUCAAUAUCCUUGCCGAUGAUUAUAGUAAUAAACUAAAGAGUAAAUUACUUUGUUUGUAUCCUAAAGGCUCCGAAACUACUAAACGGAUUUGAAAAAUUCUUUCACUGUUGGGAAGUUACACCUUACGUGUUCAAAUUCCCACAAGACGCGGGUGAAACCGCGGGAAAUCAGUUAGUAAUGUAUACUUAUUCAUCAAAAUAAUCGCCGAAACUUAAAACUCUGUGCAAUAAAAGUGAAAUUACAUAAUUGUAGCUUAUUUUAAUAGACUUUAAUAUUUACAAAUCAAGAAUAUACUGGUAAAUAUCUGCAGAAUUGUUAUUUGUUUAUUGUUCACACUAAAAUAUUGAAUGUUCAGUUAAAUAACGUAAUACAGCAUGCUCCAAAUAAACAAGCCUUGUAAUAGUUAUGUACAAUAGAAUAAAUUAAUAAAUAUAAUUGUAGUUUCCUAUGAAAA